AUGCAAUCAACCGUCUUCAAACCUCACGGUCCUGGAAAGCUUGCGGGUAGUCGAAACCUGCCGCACGAAUGUGGAAAAUGUCACGUUGUAAAACCCUCUGGCGCUCCAGCAUUUUCGGUCUGUUCAGGGUGCAAGAUUGUCCGAUACUGUAGCCGUGAACACCAAGUCCAAGACUGGAAAACGCACAAGGCAUUUUGUAAGCGCCAACGGGAGUACAACGAGACUAUUUUGAAGAAGAUGCAAGAGAACUCGCCGUUGACGCCAUCUGGACUGUCGGAGAAGGAAGAAGUCAUCCACUUUCUCGACGACUUCCUCCGACUUCAUAUGCAUACGCUCAGAAUUUCUAUGCAGUGCUGCAUUCAUAUGGCUAAACCCUGGUUCGAUGUCAAGAAGAAAUUCAUGUUAAUCGACCUUUCCCGCGUUAAGAAUCAUGAUGGAAAUCCUGCUAAAGCGUUCACCAUCGAAUGCGUGCAAUCAGCAUACGUGCCAGAUGGACGUCUACCACUUGGAGGAGAAGUACUAGAGGCUUGGAAAGCCUUUGACUGCGCAAAACCAAUGGUAGAGGCGCAGUAUGGGGCGGAGAAAUUCAAGCCAGGCUAUUUGGGAGCGAUUCUAUGUGUCUUUAAACUCGAGGAUUUUCCGCAAACAACGUUCCCAAUUCCGAUAUACGGUUACGACAUUAACCGUGAUGGCCCUAAUCCUGAGGGGUGGUACGAUAGGAUGAAAUCCGUGAUUGAUAACGGUAUCGUUCACCGCUUUUUCGAAGAUGAGUGGAAGAUAGGCGUCAUGAUCUCACAUAAAGAACCAUCGCCAUUGCUUCAACCCCAGCCUCCGGAAGACUGUGGUUUCUGGAAAUGGUCGGACGUUCCUUAUCCGGGCCAUAUCGUUAUGGUAUGGGAUCCAGAGUACGGAAUGCUGUGGAUUUCUGGUGGUGAUCUCGCCGAAACCAGGAUGAUUGAUAGUGAUAGCCUGUUUCCAAGGGAGGCGGUCGAUUUUGAGCAAUCGUCAUCCAGUAUGUUCGCUCCUGACACUCCAACCUCGGCCUCUGCAAUUGCGUGGUACGGAGAUACUACUCUCCAUAAUUUUGCCGACCCCCACCCUUGUAGUGAAGCGAGAUCACGACAUCACUUGACACAGACUUCAUCCACUCUCGGAGGGCACGAUGUGUAUGUACGAGGAUCGCUCAUGUGGGAAACUCAUUUUAAGGGGAAAAGAUAUUCAUUUCUUGGGAAAUUGGGCCACGAAUUCGAGUUUGACCCCGAGAUGGAAUUUUCAAAGAACCGUCUGGUUCUAAACAGCCAAUGGGAGGCUUGCGAGGAACCCGUCCAAAAUCGCGACAAGCAACAGAGCGAGGACGAGGGGUCGCAAUUCGGCACAUGGACAACGCUCGAGGCACCCCAAACGCCCGAUUGCGAAGAUCUCUCUUUCCCUUUCAGUAACUCUCGAGGACGUAGGCGGCUUAAGAAGCGUCGGCCGCCUGAAGCUUCGAACCCGCCUCUGGAAGUUCUCGGGCGAGAAGCAUAUAAUCAUCUACCUCAGGUUGACGAUGGGUGGUUGUUCGUCGAAGGAGGGAGAAGUGGCGCAUCUGAGGCAGAAUAG